AUAUAUUGCUAAUUAGAUCUUCGAUUUAGUCAAUUAAACUUAAUUAAUUAUACUUUAACGCUCAAUUAAAGUUAUUUUUCUUGAGACAUGUGUAUUUAUUUAUCUAUUUAUUUUCGGUACCAAAUGGAGACCUAAGCAUAUCCAUUCAUACAUUUUAACUUCUACUCAAAACCCACCGCCUACCCCCCACCAUUAAUCCGUUGUUUCCUCCCUCGACGUUUCUUCCCCGUUGCCAGCGAUCGAAACCAGUGCUCGGCGUCUCCUCUCUCUCUCUCUCUCUGUCUCUCGGUGAAGGAUCUCUUCAUCUGCCCUCUUUUCUUUUUGGAGUUCGAGAUUGCUUCCGUUGAUCGACGUGGUAAACGUUUGUGGGGGGGAGGGGGUAUCGGAUGUCGAUUGCAGGGGGUGAAUUUGGUCGCGGUGGGGAUCGACGGCUGAUUCGAGUGUGAGGAAAUCGGGCAUGGGUUUCUUUCCAGGCUGAUUGGAUCGGCCUUCUUGUUUCGGUGGUUUCGGUGGGAUCUUCCCUCACUUUGAUCUUUGUUUGGGGGGCGAAUAUUUCGGAGGGAAGAUGGGGUAUUUGAACUCCAUCAGUGGGCUUCAAGCAGACGGUGCUCCGGUCAGCGGGGGAGGACUCAGUCAAGAUGGGAAGUUUGGUUAUGGGUAUGCAAGCUGUCCGGGGAAAAGAUCUUCGAUGGAAGACUUCUAUGAGACGCGAAUUGACAGCGUUGAUGGAGAAAUUGUUGGCUUGUUUGGGGUCUUUGAUGGUCAUGGCGGUGCCCAAGUAGCAGAGUAUGUUAAACAAAACCUCUUCAGCAACUUACUCAGGCAUCCAAAGUUCAUUACCGAUACAAAAUCAGCUAUAGCUGAUGCAUACAACCACACGGACGCAGAAUUUUUGAAAUCUGAGAACAGCCAGAACCGAGAGGCGGGUUCAACUGCAUCAACAGCUGUCCUUGUUGGUGAUCGUUUGCUCGUUGCAAAUGUUGGGGACUCUAGAGCUGUCAUAUGUAGAGGAGGAGAUGGUAGGCCCCUCAUCCUUAAAUCAGUUCUCUUAUCAUCAAUUAUGUGUAACGGAUUUCUGUACUUAAUCUAGAACUAAACCGGCUCAAUUUAGAUGGAGUUUACUGCAUUUUUUUUUACUAACUGUAUUCUGACAACCCAACCUAUUUAAGAGCAAUAUUUAGAAUGUGACACCAGUGACAUCUAGGUUCUUAGGAUAUAUGUAGGUUCUAGACCAACAAAGUUUUUUGGCCUUCUCUUGAUCCUGCCAAAUGCUAUAGUAGCUCUGUGUGUCUCUGGUGUACUGAACACAUUGAAACAAAUAAUCAUAUAGUUUCAGAUUCUUCAAAAAUAUAGUAAUAUAAAAAAGUAUAGACAGGAAGGAGAAAGAGAACAUAUUCCUGUUUGGAUUCACAGAAUUUAAGCCUGAAAUUGGAGAAUUGAACCUGCGAAAAAAUCUUCAGAAAUGGCUGAAACUGCACACUUAUGGUGAUAAAUGAGGAUUUAAAUUGUUGAUGAUGGAUGAGGUGCUAAAGUUCAUUACGCUCUCGUAUUGCAUGUACUCUUUUUGAAAUGAGAUUUGAAGAUUAAUAGUUUACUAGCAAGUUAAACAGGAUUGGAAACUUAAUAUUAAGUUAUCCAAUUUUUACACAGCAUUAUUUAAAGAAUAAUAAUCACUUUUUUAUGCUACUUCUAUAAGCCAUUGCACUUAAUGUCUUUAUGACUUAUCGAUGCUACAGUGGUUUCAUAGCUACAUACUUUUGGUGAAAUUGUAUACUAAUAGUUUAGUCAUGUUAUCUUGUCUUUAAUGUAUGAUCUAAGAACUAUUUUUUGUUCAUCGCUUGAGUGUUGUUCCUUGAUGAAACUUUCCAUUUAGCGCUGUACAUAGUAGGUUUUGGUACCACUUUAGAUGUAUGACAUGUCUUGGAAUCUACAAAUGGGAUUUUUAUUGGUGUGAUUUAUUAUUCUACGGUCUUUUAUCCUCCAGUCCACAUUUUGUUGGUUAUAUUUCUUGCAUUCUGGAAUUGACCCUUGUCAAAACCAUCUAAUCGUAGACUUCGACGAUCGGGAGUUUAACUAUUCACGCCAAUGACAAAACAGGAUGACAAUGGAAGUUGAUGUUUCCUUAAUCCUGAAGCUUGUCAUAAGCAUAUUUCUCCAUUAUUUGUUUUGUUCAGUGUUAAAGAAUAUAUUUUUUAUAUGGAACUUUAGGUAGAUAUUAUUGUGUCUCCAUUAUUUUUUCUUGCCAAAUUUACAUAUUUUUUAUCAAAAAUCAUCCCUCAUGUAUGUAGAGCUUGGUAUUUAACAUUUUACAUAUUUCCAUAAUCAUUAUCCGUGAUCUACCAUUUGCUUUUGUUUGGAUGUUUGCUUGCCCAUUUGUUCAUCUCAUGGUUCAAUUACUAUAUGUGGUCAUCUUUAGUUUGAGAUUAUUGC